AUGAAGUAUGCGAGAACAGUGUGGUGGCUUUCCUCGAUACGAUCCUUGUCGUGGCUUGAGUCAAUUCAACGAAGAAAUGCAAGCUUUACCCUACGCUGCUGGGAUCAUAGCAUGAACUAUACGGCCAGCCGUUGCAUGUCGCUCUACUGGAGGCUGGUGCUAGUGUCCUUGUGUUGGUCGGUCAGUACUCAGGACAGUGUUGGAUGUCCAGCUUGUGUUUGCGGCAAGGAUUCCGGCACCACCUUGCCCAACACUUUGCGUGUGAUCGGUGGCAACACCUCCGACAUCGACCAGUACCCCUGGAUGGCGGCACUCUACUACCGGGAACGAUUUACCUGUGGUGGAAGUUUGAUUAACGAUCGCUACAUCCUGACAGCGGCCCAUUGCGUUGCACGGCUGAAUGCGGCCGACUUCGAAGUGUACCUCCGGCGACCCAACAUUGUUGUGUUGAACGUCGAUGCCGUCCAUCGACGCGUGGCCCGGAUCAUAAUGAAUCGGUAUCAAGAGAUAAGAAAUAACAACGAUGUAGCACUGCUACUCCUGACAGAGCCAAUCCUGCCAGAGGACGGUCUUGCCCCGAUCUGUCUUCCCGUCGGUGGAUCAAACUUUCAUGGCAAGGAAGCGAUCGUUACCGGUUGGGGUACGACGGAUAGUGGUGAGCUGUCUGAGGAACUGCAGCAGCUAACCGUGCCCAUCCUUACCAACCAACAGUGCCGGCAGUCGGGCUACUUUCGCUUCCAGAUUACGGCAAAAAUGCUGUGCGCCGGAUAUCUGGAGGGUGGGCGUGAUUCGUGCCAGGGUGAUAGUGGUGGCCCACUGCAGCUGGCAAAGGAUGACAGUGGCCAGCAACAGAUUGUGGGCGUUGUGUCCUGGGGCAAUGAAUGUGCUCAGCGAAAUUAUCCCGGAGUGUACGCUAGAGUUACCCGGUUCGUAAGCUGGAUCCGCCGGUACAGCCGAGGUGCUUGCUGGUGCACUGGGUGA